UUGUUUAGCCUAUUUUUAAUUUUCUAACAUUUUUAUAAAUUUCUUAAAUUUAUAGUGGAAAUUAAUGAAAGUGAAUUAUUUGUUGACUUGAUAUACCGUAAUACCUGAACGAUGACUUCGAUUGUUGGAUUUGUGCCCAAUUUGCGAGAAGGCGAAACUCUUCCGGCAUGGAUGAACUUGGACUGGAGUUCGAAAGUGCAGCAUGAUAUCUAUAGAGAUUGGGGCACUUAUUACUCUAAUCGGCGCCGCGAAAACUUUGCACUUUACUAUCUGACUCAAGCACUUCUACUGGAUAAUGAAGAUUGGGAUACGCUCUAUAGACGUAGUGUAGCCAAGAGCAAAGCAGCCCAGAUCAAUGAUUCACUACUUGAUGCUCUUAGGGCUGAAGAAAUGGCUGAGAGCGAUGUGGGACCCAAUUGUCCGAUCAAUCUGCAAAUAUGCGAUUGUCAGCUUAUGCUCAACAAAUUCGAAAUGUCUAAAUUGAAAUUACACACAAAUUUAAGCCAUUUCAGGGGUACUAAAGCCAAGAACUUUGAUAAGCGUCUGAUUGUGGUCGAUGAUAUCAUUAGAGAAGUUACAGGAAAGGCCCUAUCUUUAUACUAUCUGAAAAAUCGGAAACUUGUGCAACACGUGAGCGCGUUAAUCAAAGAGAGUGAAAUUAUCGAUGAUCGUCCUAUGUGGAAGAUAUUAAGAGACCAAGAGAAGUGUGAUAUACUAAGCAUACCUGAGGAAGAGGAAAUUUUUUUAUCUCCGUUGGAAAUCGCGCGCAGAAGUCGCGGUUUUAAUGUCAUACAUCAGACCUACUUGAAUGAGUCGUGGUUCGACGUUCUAUUCAUGAAAAACUUGCGUAAGAAUCCUAAUUUGCUGCUAAAUCAAUGCAAGAACUCUAGAGAAUUUCUGGAAAAAAUGUGUAACCAACAAUAUAAUAUAAUUCGACGUUUCAUAAAAAUGAUUUAUAGCCGCAGUCCACUUUACCAUGUGAACUUCCUAAAGUUUACCAAUAAGAAAUUAAUGGAAAAGAGUAAGGAUGCAUAUUUCUUUCGCAUUCAAUACCAAACACAUCGCCAUAUGAUUCACGACUUAGGGAAAGUUCGCAAGCUGAGAAUGGAAAAGAAAGUCAAGGAGCUUGCCGCCUUUGUUGAGAAAAUAAUGGGCGAUUACUAUGUGACGAAAACAAAUCGUGUCAUGUGCUGGAAAUUCCAGUUCUACAAUGAGGUCUACAAUAGCUUGGCAAUCGCACUUGCCGAACAGUACGAAGCGCCCAAAGAUCUUAUAAAAUCGGAUGAUGCACUUUUUCAGAUUUUAAUGUUGCCAAAUGAAAAAAUUAAAGAAGUCCAACCAUUUGUAUUUGGAGAUCGGUCAACAUAUCAAGGAGGCGAUGUGAUAGAUCACGCUGCGGUAAAUGCGAGAAAACUAAUUACUCGCCUGGAGAAACGCAUUCGAUUCAGCACAUAUUCAAUUGAGAAGUGCUAUUUAUACCAUCAGAUAAGCAGCACUCAUUUAAGUCAAUUGCAUUACGAUGAAUGCUGUUUUACUGCGCGCAAAGCUAUAAAAGAAAGUCACGACUGUCAAAGCGCACUCUGGAGGUUCUUAUGUCUACUGUUGAUAAUCAAAGCAAAUGCCUUGCAGCACAAAAUAGAAAAGACGAGGGAAGCUGCAGACGAGGCAAUACCUGUUGCCGAAAAGCUAAAGUCACCGAAACUGCUGGAAUUUAUAGAAGUAUGCUACAAUCAGGCUGACGAAGAAUUCCGUCGCAAGGGUGUCUCACUAGCGAUGGCACGGGCCAGCAGAAUGUCCAUGGCAAGCACUGAGCUGAGCUGAGGCGUGUAGUUCAGGAAAUGCUGGAAAAGUGUUUCUUUUAUUACUAAGGAUACUUUGAU